AUAGGUUAUUUCUAUAAUUUAAUUUUUUAUCUUUUAAUUUAAUUAAUAAUAAUAUAUUAUAUGAGUUUAUUAAGUAAGAAUUUAUUUUUUUAUUCAGAUUUAUUUAUAUAAACUGAGUUUUAGUGGAUAAGGUACUCAUUAUUCAGUUAAUACCUAUAAAAUUAUAAGUAUAAGAUAUAAUGGAAAAGUUAGGAUAAUUAAAUUUAAGACAGAUAUAAUAAUAAAAUUAAACUUCUAAAUAAAUUUAGAACAUAGUCAGAUAAUUACAUUUUAAAUGGAUUUAUGCUGUAGUACCUGUUAUUGGAUUGGGCCUAACAGAAAUUCUUUUUUUUUUUUCUUGUAAGAAGGUAGUUGGGCCUUUAACUGAAAACGCAACUAGUUCCCGCGCUUUAGACUUUCGCGGUAAGCCGAGAGUUAAGGUAGAAAGAGAUACUAUAUAUUUAAAAAAAGGAAAAACGAGGGAAGCAGACAGUUAGGAGUAACGGAAAAUCGUGCCUACAAGUAAUAAUAAUAGUAAUACAAAGAAGAAAGGGAGGGGAGACAGAAGAUGUUCAUCAUUAACAACAACAUCACUGCGUUUAUACAAUUGGUCUUAAUUUGAAAAAGCAUUUGAGACACAAUUUAUUUGUUGUUGUUCUAUUCUUCAGAGACGCAUUACCAUUUCCAUCAUUUUUCUGAUGUUUUAUUUUGUGUCUACAAAUCUUAAUUUGUCCCUCCCUCUCCAUUUCUUGAUUCUUGAUUUUUCUUUUAGGUUGGUUUCAAGAUUGUUUUUAUUUUUUGGGUCUAAUACAUUACUCAUGAUUCUUGAUCCAAGAAUGGUUCUGCGUUUUAAUUGAAGAUUCUUCAUUUUUUUGGUUGGUAUCAAGAUUGGUUUAGUGUCUAAUUCAGGAUUCUUGAUCCUUCUUGGGUUGGUUCCAAGAUUUUGAUGGUUUCUACGGAACACAGUAAAGGGGAAUUUGCUUGUUUAAGGGGUUGAAUGCUUCUUUUGUUCUUUUAAUGAUUGAUUUACUCGAGAAAGGUUUGUGAAAAUCCAAGAACAAAUUGAAUACAUUAAAAGAUCGUCUUGUAAAGGAAAUGUCAGGCUCGGCGGAGUCGCCGAGUUCUAUAUUUAUUAUUCCACUUCCGCCUCUCAUCAAUACACCUCCUUCGGCCAAUUCACCUCCAUCAAAUGAUGGCAAGUCGCCGCCGCCGCCAUCACCUGAUCCGUUGUCUGAAACCCUUUUAUUAGCUCCACCACCUGCUGAAAGUGAUAGUAAUUCACCACCACCCCCAACAGGACAAUCACCUCCUCCACCAAACUCUCCACCUCCAUCUGAACCUCCACCAUCAUCACCACCACCUUCAAAUUCUGAUCCACCUCCUAGUAGUCCACCACCCUCAUCAAGUACUGCAGCCUCACCGCCACCACCCUUAUCUCCUUCUCCAAAAGCAACACCACAUUCUCCACCACCCACUCCUGCAAAGAAUGAAUCCCCGCCCGUAUCGGGCCAAUCAUCACCUCCUCCUCCUUCAGACUCGGAAGCAACACCACCGUCUCUUGAGUUUGUUCCUCCAUCUGGUGCAGCAGGUGGGGUACAAUCACCACCUCCAACAAGAGAAUCUGUCGCUCCAUCAUCUCCUGUUUCCAAUACGCAGCCUAUAUCAUCAAACUCGAGCACAACUCCAUCGAGAGCAGCAUCAGCACCAAAACAAUCAGCCUCCGGUGGCUCGUCGACUGGUAGUUCAGCCUCUACUACAGGACUUAGAAACUCGACUACCAUCGCAGCUGGAAAUGGAAAUGAUUCGUCUGAUAGUUCAUCAACCAAGGCUGUUGCAGGUGCAGUGGUUGCGGGUGUUGUACUCAUUGCAGUAGUCGCAAUGUUUUUUGUUUUGAAGAAGAGAAAGAAAAAAAAUGACUAUUAUGCUCCGCAUUACAUGCCUCCCAAAAAUUUUACUGUGCAAACAGAUGGUUAUUACUACGGACAACCACCACAUGGUGCAGGUUUCUCCGGCCCGAUGAAUUUCUCCUAUGGUUCACAAUUACCUUCCCAGUCGCCGGAUAGCUUUGGGGGGAGUCAACAGUUCAAUGGAGAGUCAGGUGUGAUAGGUGGUGGUAAGACGCAUUUCAGCUAUGAAGAGGUGAUGGAAAUGACAGAUGGAUUUUCUCGUCACAACAUUGUUGGUGAAGGUGGGUUUGGAUGUGUUUUCAAGGGGCAAACUUCUGAUGGGAAAAUUGUAGCUGUCAAGCAGCUUAAGGCAGGAAGCGGACAGGGUGAACGCGAAUUUAAAGCUGAAGUUGAGAUUAUUAGCCGGGUUCAUCAUCGCCAUUUGGUCUCUUUAGUUGGUUACUGUAUCAGUGACCGUGAGCGCUUGCUUCUCUAUGAAUUUCUUCCAAAUAACACACUUGAGCAUCAUUUGCAUGGAACACCAGUACUGGAUUGGCCUCAAAGACUCAAAAUUGCCAUAGGUUCUGCAAAGGGUUUGGCAUAUUUACAUGAAGACUGUAAUCCAAAAAUUAUUCACAGAGACAUCAAGUCAGCAAACAUUCUGUUGGAUGACAACUUUGAAGCACAGGUUGCGGAUUUUGGUCUUGCCAGACUAAAUGAUACGACUCAGACCCACGUUUCAACUCGAGUCAUGGGGACAUUUGGGUACCUGGCUCCAGAGUAUGCAUCGAGCGGCAAAUUGACAGAUAGGUCUGAUGUGUAUUCAUUUGGAGUUGUACUUCUAGAGCUUAUAACCGGACGCAAACCUGUUGAUUCAACACAACCAUUAGGGGAUGAAAGUUUGGUUGAAUGGGCUCGUCCACAGCUCAUUCGUGCCAUGGAAACUGGUGAUCUCAGUAACAUAGUUGAUCUUAGGCUUGAAAAGCAUUAUGUGGAGAGUGAAGUAAUCAGGAUGAUAGAAACAGCAGCAGCUUGUGUCCGCCAUUCUGCCCCAAAGCGGCCUAGAAUGGUGCAGGUGGUGAGAGCAUUGGACAGUGAUGACAUGUGUGAUAUCUCUAAUGGUGUCAAGUAUGGCCAAAGCACCGCAUAUGAUUCUGGUCAGUACAAUCAGGAUAUUAUUAAAUUCAGAAGGAUGGCUUUUAGCAGUGCUGAAAGUUCAGAAUUCGACACAAUGAGCGGAGAAUACACCUCAAGGGAAGUAUCUCGUGGACCGCCUAUUUCGAAUUUCACUACUGAAGAGUUAGAAACUCAAGCCAUGAGAGAUGAUGGGGAGAAGAGAUAUGGAGGGGGUCAAGGUAACUUAGGCAGCCGCCAGAAUAUGUAAAUGUGGAUGAUGUGCUCAGAUGUUAUGUUACAUAUGCAGCAGCACCACAGAAGACUGUAACUGAAAGAACUUGCAUUUAAACUUGGUCCUUUUUCUCCUUUUCUCUAAUCUAUUCUACUGAGAUUUGACUACAUUGUUUCAUUUCCACAGACGAAUGACUGGAGUUUCGAGCUUGUGAAGUGUAAAGUGAGUUUUGCUCCAGAAUUUAUGUAUUUAUUAUCUUCCUUGUGGUGUCACUAUAACCAGCAGCAGAUUGUCUUAUUGUAAUUGAUACUAGAACAAAGAUGGAUUCAGUUUUGAGUGCAUAUAAUUUCUUGUGAAAAGCUACUGAUUAAUUAUGUAAAGUUCAAGCAAGUGCAAAAAUUUAUUUAAAUUAGUUUCCACUUUUUUUCUUUGGUCUUCCUUUCCUUUUAAUGUUUGCACUCCUUUUGAUUUGUUAUAAAUUCAUAUUAUUUAUUACAUAACUAUUGAAAUA